AUGAAAAUUUCACUCCGCCUUUCCGCGCUUCAACUCCACACGACAUCCCCAACCGCCACAUCUUCCUUCGCCCCACCAUCUUCACCCACCUUCCGCGCUUCCAAACGCAGCAUGUCGGCGUUCCGCAACAUCGACGUGCACGCUGCACAUGUGCAGGAGCUGCAGCAGCGCAUCCAGCUCCAGCUCGCACACCACAACUACUCGGCACACGACGACCCCGUCAUGGCCGAGUACAUCGUCGUCAUGCUCGCCAAUCAAAAGACCGCCGACCAGGUCACCUCGGAGCUGCAGGAGCUCGUCGGUACCGAGUACGAUCCGGCGUUUACAGAGUGGAUCUGGACGCAGACGCAGGAGUGCCUCGACCAGGCUGAGCGUCCACAAGCAGCCAAAGAGGAGCAGCCGCCGGCGCGAAGACUGGAGAGGAGGAGAAGCAGGUCUCCCGUGGCAGGUGGAUCGCGUCACGAUGCGAGGCGAAGCAGGUCUCCGCCUCCACCGUACUCGCGGCAUGCAGACGAUGUGCGUGUGCGCGACGAUGUUUUCGAUGGCGAGGCACACUGGCGCCGAAAGGCCGACGAGAGACGCAGCCAGCCAAGGCCACCCGUGCAGCGUGGUGGCGCACCGAGAGUGUUCGAUGCCGCCAUGGGCGCUUUGCGCAAACCAGCGCAGAACACAAAGGAGCUCUUCCCUGCCGCAAGCGCCACCAGUGCCGAGGGGCUGAGCAUCUUUGGUCGGGCCGGCAUCCCCGAUCCUCGCGCACCGGCCUUCGUCCCCUCCACCGAAGCUGCCUCCGCUGCUCCCGCUCCCUCCGCUCCCUCGGGCGAACCAGCUUCGAUCCUGGCACGCAUUGAUCCGAUGCUACCGAACAACGAUGCUCCCCCCACCACCGCUGCUUCGGAGGUGGGUCGUUCGAGCGACUUCCCAACGGAGCCUAGCGAGACGUCGAUCUGUCGGUGGAAUGUGGGGUGUACGAAUCCGAUGUGCGCCUACUCGCACGCCUCGCCCGCCAACGCCGGCCCGGGCGGCGACCCGAACGCGCUCGUACUCAGCCAGCAAAACUGCCGCUUCGGCGCACGCUGUACCAACAAAGACUGCACGCGCAGCCACGUGAGUCCUGCCGUUGCACGCAUCCGACCCCCCGCGCCCGCAUUCGCACCUGCACCACCCAAGGUGCUGUCCAUGGACGCUGCGCUGCCGAGUCAGUCGUCGUCGCGACCGUGCAGGUUCGGUGCAGCCUGCACGAGGCCAGACUGCUUCUUUGCGCAUCCACAGCGCAGCUCAGCGGCGACGCCGUGCAGGUUUGGUCUCGGGUGUACGAGGCCAGAUUGCUACUUUACACAUCCGGAGGGACAGAGAGCAAUUGCAGCCGGUGGCACGGUUAAUAGACUCCAGGUCUUCGCUCAGCAGCAGCAGGACGAUGAGAUGGAGAGCAUCAUCCCCGGUGCAAACACAGCCCAGCCGGAACCGCUCAUGUCGUCGUAG